AUGUCUGGCCAAGCAAAUGAGACAAAUAGCUGUACUGUAGAGUUGCCGUUAGAAGACACGAAUGCUUGUCAGGAAGAUCGUCGUCACGGGAACAUGUUUUCCAGUACAACAGAUCAAGUUAUUGGGGGCGACAUCUCUUCAGAUAAUCGGAGGGAAGCUUCAGAUGCACCCGGAGAAGAAGAUGAAAUUGAAGCAUUGCCUGAUGCUCUCCGCACUGCUGAUGAUGGUGGCAAUGAUCCAGCUGACAGAUCAGUCGAACACAAGAUGGAACCCGAGUGGCACUUGAUUCGCAUAGCUUACUUUCUGCUACUGUUAAUGCUGUUGUCUUUCCUGCUGCUGCAGUUUGCAGGAAAGAGCAGCUUGCAGCAGUUUUUAGAAGAAGGGGCCCAGAAUACACAGAUGAAAGCAAUGCUGCGACUGCCCAGGCUGAGGGAGGUGAGGAUGGAAAUGGAGUCGAAACCGCCCGAGAAAGACAACUCACAGAGAAAGGUUUACUGUGCCACCGGCAGAUGCGAACAACCAUGCGAACAAUUCUCCAGUAGAGAUGUCUCACAUGUUGAGCAGCCAAUGACAGGAUCUUCGAUGUGCCACCCUCAGACCAUGCAAAAUUCAGACAAGUGUGGAGCCACUAAACCUGCCAGCAACUCUCAAAGCACUACUGAGUACACGAACAAUUCACCACCUCUUGCAGUCACAUCUACAACCCAAGUACAUACUACUGAAGCGGUUUCAAACGAACCACAACAGCAGCUGAUAGACUUUACCAAGUCCCUUGCGAAGCAACUGAGCUUAAGUCGGCUGCCCCCUCCAGAACCAGGAGUGUUUGUGGGUGAUGCACUUAAAUAUCCCAACUGGAAAAGUGCAUUUGAAACACUGAUUGAACAACGUGGGAUCCCCUCAUCAGAGCAACUCCAUUACAUGAAGAAAUACACUGGAGGUGCAGCAAGAGAGGCAAUCGAAGGCUACUUCUAUCUCACUACCGACGAUGCAUACAACCAAGCAAAGAAACUACUAGAGAAACGCUAUGGGGAUCCAUUUGUCGUCGCAAAUGCCUUCAGGAACAAACUGGAUUCUUGGCCAAAGAUCCCCACUCGUGAUGGAAUAGCCCUGCGAAACUUUGCGGAUUUUCUGAGACAGUGUGAAACCGCCACAAGGAGCAUUGGCACCUUAGAUGUUCUCAACGAUGAACGCGAAAACAGAAAGAUGCUCUCAAAACUCCCUGACUGGUUAAUCAGCCGAUGGGCCAGAAAGGUUGCGGAUAAGAAGGAAAAAGAUGGAAAGUUUCCUACCUUUUGUGAGUUUGCUAAGUUCAUUGAAAAGGAAGCAAACGUUGCGUGCGAUCCCGUGACCACCCUGCAAGGCCUGAAGGGAGAUGACAAACGAUACAAGUCUUCAGAAUCUCACAGCAAGCCUGACAAGAAUGUCGGAAAACGAACUCCAGGAGCUAAUUCCUUCCCUACCAGAGUAGAUGAGUCUCCAUCCAAGGGACAGAAGGGAAACCACAUGCAGCAAUGGAAGGAGUGUCUUCUAUGCAACAAGACCCACUACCUAGACUCCUGUCCUAUCUUCCUGUCGAAGGAAAUAGGCGAGCGUAAGGAGUUUGCAAAGAAGAAAGGCUUAUGCUUUGGAUGCUUGUCAAAGGGGCACAUGUCAAAGUACUGCCGACAAAGACUGAUCUGCAGAACUUGCUCUAAACACCACCCUACAUCCCUGCAUGGCGACACCAAGGAAGAGGUCAAGAUAAGUGUGAACUCAAGUGCAGAAGGAGCCCAACAAGAACAUAAAGCAGUCAGCUCAAACACUCGAAUAAGUCUCUUUAGCGGAGUUGAGGAUUGCAGCCAGAGCUCAAUGACUGUUCCCGUAUGGAUUUCCCAUUGUGAUCGACCAGGACAUGAGCGACUAGUCUACGCAUUACUGGAUACACAAUCUGAUACCACAUUUAUCCUAAGAGACACAUGCGAUGCUCUUGGCAUGGAUGGACCAAAGGUUCAUCUUCUGCUUUCUACCAUGACUGCAAAGGAGCAGAGGGUAUCAAGCCGCAAGAUUAAUGGACUGCUCGUGAGAGGAUACAACAGUGAGACCAAGAUUCCACUACCGAGUACAUACUGCAGAGAAGCCAUCCCAGCUAAUCGUGAUCACAUACCGACGGCAGACAUGGCCAGAAAAUGGCCUCACCUCGAAGGAAUGGCAAAUCACCUGAUGCCUGCAACGGAAUGCGAAAUAGGUCUCCUGAUUGGGUACAACUGCCCACGUGCUCUUGCGCCACGUGAAGUCAUCCACCCAGCAGAAAGCGGCCCAUACGGUCAACGAACAGACCUCGGAUGGUCUAUUGUUGGCAUUGUCAACCCUCACUUUGGAGAAGACGAGGGAAAUGACCCCAUAGGAAUCAGUCACAAGAUAGUCACCUGCAAGGUGCACCCUUUGUCGGAAAAUGAUCAAUCGACAAGUAAGCACGUGAUCUUUUCUAUCAGGAACAAGGUAAAGGAAAUCACUCCAACUGAAUUUUCACAGAUGCUGGAGUUGGAUUUCCCCGAGAAGAAACCAGACGAUACCAACCUGUCACAGGAAGACAUCCAGUUCUUGGACAAGAUCAGAAAUGGUAUCCAUCAACGAAAUGAUGGUCACUAUGAAAUGCCAUUACCAUUCCGUGGGUCUGAACCGGAUCUCCUGAAUAACAGAUCGAUGGCACUGCACCGCCUCGAACUUCUCAAGACUCGCUUCAAGAAGAAUCUCACGUACCACUCGGACUACACUAACUUUCUACAGGACAUCAUUAGUAAGAACCAUGCGGAUGUCAGCAAAUCAAGUGGAGUGUGGUACAUACCACAUCAUGGGGUUUAUCAUCCCAAGAAACCGGGGAAGAUUCGCGUGGUGUUCGAUUGCAGUGCACAGUAUAAGGGAGAGUCCUUGAAUGACCAUUAA